AUGGAUCGUCGUCUUCCCGGCGGCGUGCCGGCGGUACGUCUCGCCAGGCGCUUGCAGCUCGCCACCUUCUUCGCCACAGACUCGACGACACCGUCGUCGAACCGCGGAGGUCGACAACAAGCAGGUUCACGACAACGGCAGCCCCCCGCACUGGCGGUGGACGCGAGGAUCGUCAUCCGGAGGCACUUCCCCGUCGUCGGCCCAGGCUGCACCCGCAUCGCUGUGAAAGUGGCUGAGGACAUCGCCCUCCGCAGGCGGCCAUCGCGCAAACUGCGCGGGCCCGAGAGCGUGGAGAGAGCUCUGGCCGAGGAGGUGCUCCCGCUGGUCGCGCACCCGUUCGACCGCGGCGCCGUGGUCGCGUCCCGGAAGGAGAUAUGCGCGCACGUGGCCGCGGCCUGCGCCGACCCGCGCAACGCCCGGGGCGGCGCCCAUGUCCUUGUUCUGAUCGAUACCUUCGCGUGCCCCGUGGUGUUCCUCCGCCUUCCGCUGCCUCCCAAGCCGAUGAAGACUGUUGUUGCCUGUGCGCCGAACAACUUCGUCGUCACGAGUGUCAAACCUUGCAUGGACGAACUAGAGAGCGUUGUACCUGUACCGGAAAAGAAGCCCGUCGGCGUCAUCGGAGAUCGGAAGCCAAAGCCGGUGGUGGAGAGGUACAAAGGUUGGGUACCGUGGUAG